AUGCUGCUGCCUGCCGAGCCGGCGGGCUGUGGCGGCGAGCCGCUUUCUGCCUCCGCUCCGCUGGAGGGCGGGGAGGCGGCGCGUGCGAGCACGCGGCGGAGGAGGCGCUGUGGGCUAGAGCGGCGUCUCUUCACGUGUCUGAGCCGUGAGCAGGUGGCGCGUGCCGACGCGGCGGAGGGGCCGCGGCCAGACGCCCUCGGUUCCCUGCUCGUCCUUCGCUGCCUGCUGCGGCACGGGCGGUGCGACGCGCCGCGCUGGAUCUCCAAGGGAGCGGCCGGGCUGCUGGUCGUCGGCCUCUCCGCCGCAUCGCCCUCCGCCCGCUCGCUCGCCUACGAGGCGGUCGCGGCGCUGAUGGCUGAGCGGCCUCACGUGGUCCGGCUGCUUCGCUCGCUGCAAGACGCCAUCACAAAGCCCAACCUGAGGGUGCCCUCGCUGUGGUCUGUCUUUGUGGCGCACGGGCUGGCGAUCCUCGCGCAGCCGCACCACCCGCAGUACAAGGCCCUCAACAACUACAUCCUCACGCGCGCCUUCUUCGACCUCUCCGACGUCGCCCUCUUCUUCCGCUGCUCCACUCCUGAGUGCGAAUUACGAACCACGAGCCAUCGACUACAGGUGCCCAUGUUCUUCCAUUGCUUCCACUCUGGCUCGAGCACGCCGCGCGACGACCGGCUGUGGAUGCUCGCCCUUCUCUCGCACGGGCUGCGGGCCGAGGAGGACGCGCGGCUCUGCGGCGGGAGGCACGUGCUCGAGCUCUUGCUCGGCCUCAGCGACUCGAGGGGCUCUGCGACUCGCGCGUCCGCCCUGCUCAGCAAGCACGGCAUCCUGGCGUGGCUUCGGAUGCAGCUCUGCGCCAGCCCGCUCUCCAGCCCGCUGCUCGAGCUCGUCGCACUCCUCGCCGCGCUGGUGCGCGAGAUGGAGGAGGAGGCCGCGGCGUGGCGCUUCUUCUGCGAGAGCGUGCGACUCCUGUCUGAGGCGUGCCGCCAGCCCGGCGCGGCCACGCUCGCCGCCGCACUCGAGCGCGCGCGCGCCGCUGGCUCGCUCGUCGCGUGGCUGGAGAAGCGCCUCGCUGCGAGCGUGCCGCUGCGGCUCUCUGCGCCUGCAGCCGCGCUCGGCAGCCUGUGCGGGUUCUACGGCUUCCAGCUCGAGAGCGGGCGCGCCCUGCCCGUGCCCGCUCUGGCCUGCAGGGAGUGGCUUCGCGAGAGCCGGCACCUCACCCACCGCCUCAACCGCGCCCUGCUGCUGCUGUCCGCCCCCCGCCUCACACCUGCGGAGCGAGACGCCGCGGCCGAGCUGGUGGCGACUGCCGCCGGCAGCGUCCCCGGAGCCGCGCGGGGCGCGUGCGCGGAGGAGCUGCUCUCGCUCCUGCUCCGCGGCAACCACGUUGGCUCGUCCGGGCUGGGGGCGCUGGACGCGCUUCGCGCACUCUCGACUCAUCAGUGCCCCGCGAUGUUUCCCGGCGCGGGCGACUUAGAAUAA